GUUAAAAUAAUAAAUCAUUUGACGGUAGAACACGAUUAUUACAAGACUAACUUGACAUCGAUUGUGUGCAGUGCGAAGUCGUUCUUCAUUUGAGUUUUAAUAAGUUUUACUAUGAUUUACUACAUCAGUAUUUUUAUAUUACUCAUUAGCCCUGUAAUGCCGAAACCGCGAUAUGUGGAACUAGAUGAAGACGAGCAACAGUUAUUUCGGGCUGCAUAUGAAACUCCAUCUUACGACAACGAUGAAAAUGAGGACGACAAUGACAUGCAACUCGGCAAAUUAGAUCUCCUUAAAGAUGGCUUGUGGGCUAUAAAAGCUAAGAUAAAUGAACUAAAGAUGUUUAACAAAGCUUUGGCAGCGAAUUUAUUAUCAACAAAAUUGAAGGUCAAAGAACUUAUAGCCCACCAAAUCACAAUGAAAAAACAUCAACAUGAAACGCCUGAAAAGAAAAAACCUAUCCAUAAUUAUCAGCCUCAACCUUAUCCAAUGUAUGAGCCGCAAAUACCGCAAUAUGGUGCACCUCAACAUGGUCACGAUCCUUACUACGGGCAUUAAGGAACCACGAAUGU